GCACACGUGACACCUUUUCUCUCAGUGUGCUGGAAGUGCAGAAAUAAGCACAGGAGGGUCUGAUCUUAUCUACUCUGUGAAGGUAGAUGGGGGGAUGAAGGUCAUAUGAUUUUAGUGUUUGCUCUAGACUAUGAUCCCAUUAAAACGCAGGAAGGUCUCUCUACCUGUAACCCAGCAGAAUGACACCUGUAAGUUCCCCCAUGUUUCUGUAUUCAUCCUGGAGAGGAAGAUGGGAACGUCUAGAAGAGCAUUUCUUACACGACUAGGACGGAGCAAAGGAUUUCUUAUUAAAGAAACCUACAGCUCCUCCAUCACACAUGUUGUGUCAGAAAGCAACAGUGGAGAUGAAGUCCAGGCCUGGCUGGACAGCCAAACUGAACGAAACGCCUCCAGUUCUGUCCAUUUGUUGGACAUUAGUUGGUUUACAGAGAGCAUGGAGGCAGGACAUCCCGUUAUAGUUCAGGACAAACACAUAUUAAAGGUUAACCCCAAACCCAACGGAGACUCCACCGCAAUGCUGAUGAAAAGUUACGCCUGUCAAAGACGAACGCCUUUAAAACACCACAAUUCAUUUCUUACAGAGGCUCUUGAAAUCUUGGCUCAGAAUGCCGAAUAUAAUGAUAAUGAAGGACGGAGCGUGGCGUUCAGACGGGCCGCAUCGGUCCUGAAGGCGCUUCCCCGGCGCGUGAGGAGCAUGCAGGAUCUGAGGUGGCUGCCCUGCCUGGGUGACCAUUCACAGAGAGUUAUAAAGGAGAUUUUAGAAGAUGGGUCAUCAAGAGAAGUAGAGUCUACAAGACAAUCAGAGCAAUAUCAGGCCAUGAAGGCUCUAACUGGUAUUUUCGGGGUGGGUGUGCGGACGGCAGAUCGCUGGUUUAGAGAGGGUUUGCGAACCCCAGACGAUUUGAUUCACACAGGACAACAGUUGAACCGUGAACAGCAAGCAGGAGUCCAGUAUUACGAUGACCUCCAGAAACCCGUCACUAAGGCUGAGGCUGAUGUCAUCAGUGAUAUGGUUGAGAAAGCUGUGCACGCUGUGCUGCCCGGAGCAGAGAUCCAGCUCAUGGGAGGCUUCAGGAGGGGGAAGGAAGUCGGUCACGAUGUGGACUUUCUCAUAACACAUCCAGAGGAAGGAAAAGAGGAAGGACUGAUGCCUAAAAUCACAAACUGGCUGAAGGAGCAGGGUUUGCUGCUGUAUCAGAAGACGACCAGAAACUCUUAUCUGGAAAAAAUGGAUGGUCCAGCUCGGGCGUCUAGUAACAUGGAUCGCUUUGAGAGAUGCUUUUCCAUAUUUAAGCUUCAGAAAUCUGCUGCGAGCUGCAAAUCGAGUUCCGCUGCUUCUGCCGAGGAUGUCAGUACAGGACGUGAAAGUGAAGGACCCGCUGAGCAUCAUUCAGAAGCGUCCGGCUGGAGAGCUGUACGGGUCGAUCUGGUGGUCAGUCCCUACAGUCAGUUUGCCUUCGCCACUCUCGGAUGGACCGGCUCAAAGCUGUUUGAGAGGGAGUUGAGACGGUGGGCGGGGCAAGAGAAGCACAUGUCCUUGAGCAGUCACGCCCUCUAUGACAGCAAACAGAAUCUGUACCUCAGAGCAAAGACGGAAGAGGAGAUUUUUGCCCACCUGGGUCUGGAGUUUAUUCCUCCAUCCGAGCGAAAUGCCUGAAUCUGUCUGUUUUUGAUUAUCACUACAAAUGUGCCAUCGUCGAGCCUUAUAUUUUAGCUCCCAGUUAUGAUCAGAUCACAUUUUAUAUGUAAACAUUUAUAGGACAUGAUGGAAAAGAGACCGGUAUCUGAUGUUUUGUGUGCAGUCAUCAAUCAAUUGCUGCAUAUGCAGUUUCAAGUUGUAAUGUGUCUAGUAUUGUAUACUUCUUCUAGAUGUUUAUAAGAUAUUGUCUUUUUUGAAAUUUUAACAUUACUUAUGUCUUAUUUUAUACUUUGUAAUUAAAGAAUAUUUUAAUUAAAACACCAAAAUAUGUCUCUCUUGAUAAUCUUUAUCUGGAUAAAUGACCGAUUUCCUUUCCAUUCAGUGCACUGGCACCUAUUGGUUAUUCAACAUGUAAAUGUUCUACUGACAUUCGUAGUUAUGGAGGCUCAAGCUUUUGUGAGAGAGAAUAUUUGAUGCAUAUGUAGGCGUUAUUGCAUAUAUGCAGGAUGUAUAUGUGGUUAGAUGAUGCUUGACAUUAUUCUAACGUCCUUUUUGCACACCUGGUUCAUUUUGACCCGCUUUUCCCAACCGCCUAACAACCAUACAUGCUCAC